UGCUUUAAUUUGAAUCUCAUCGUUGGUGCAGUCUCAGAGUUUUUCGAAAAUGUUAUUGGUCAACCACUGGCCAUUUUCCAACUUCCUAAUGUUAGCCUAAUUGCGGAAACAUCUGAUAAUUGUGAAUUGCUUCGCCUCCUUCAACUUGUCAUUUGUUGUGCUGUUAAUGGUGAAAACAAAGAGGAAUAUAUUCAAGCCAUUCUCAUCAUGGAACGCGAGGUCCAACAAGCAAUUAUGGAGUCUGUUCAGGAGGUCAUGAAUGAAACAGCAGCUAAAGGAGAUGAAAUCUCGCUAAUGAGUAAAAAUGACAGGGAUGAUGCUGUUGCUCGAAAAUGCCAUGAACUCGAAAGUAAGGUUUCGCAUUUGAUAGCGGAGAAGGCUGCAACAGAGGCCGAAUUGGAGGACGCUCUCCACAAAAUUGCUCUUCUCGAGGAAGCUAAUGUAAGAGGUGGAAUUACUAGUCCCACUGAAACUGCUGGUUCGGUUGCUGCUACUCUACAACUUCAACAACUGCAGGAGAAGCUGCGCAGAGCCCAGGAAGAACUCUUCCAAGCUGAUGCUGAGGCACAAGAGGCAAAACUGCGACUCUCCGAAUCCCUAAAGUCAAUUGAAGAUCUUCGAAAAACGAACGAAGCAUUAACACGGGAGGCAACGAUUGCUAAGCAGGCGAGGGAUGAGUUGGAUGUUGCAAAAGAGGAGCUACUGAAUGCACAACGUCAAAUUUCAACCUUGGAAACAUGGAAAAAACGGCGUGCUGAUGAGACAAAUGCUCUACGCAUUCGUUGCGCAAAGUUGGAGGAGGAUAACGCUGCUUGUCUCCAAGCUCUUUCAGAGUUAAAACAGGAGAAUCGACUGAAUUCAAGUCUCCGUGCGAAUGCAGAGGCUUCAAGGAAUCAGUCAGUGGAGGCAACUUCUCGUGUCUCGGAAUUGGAAUUGCGUACUUUGCAAUUGGAAGAGGAGUUGAAACAAUCUCGGGCAGAUCUGCAAUCCAGUCUGCGCGAAAAUCAAGCAAGGCGUGAUCAAAGUCACCCAAACGAUCACUUUACAGCUUUACACCAUAUGCACGUCUUUGUGCUUCUUGAGGAAAUGCGUCGUUUGAGGGACCGCUACGAGAAAAAUCCGCUGUCAUCUGAUUAUGAAUCAGGUGAUAAUCUUGGCCAUUUUCAAUCUUCACUUAACUUAUCUUCAAAACCCGUCGAUUCAAAUGACAGUACCAAUGAAACGUCUAAUGAAACCGUAUUUGAAGUGGAACAACGCUAUCGUGGCUAUUUGGCGAAAGCUUUGGAGGUAAUUCGCCAAUUAGAUCGGUGUGCGAUCGCGGCAGAGACAACGGUAGCCAAUCAGAACGAUGAGGCAAAGCCCGCUAACGAAUCAGAAAUUGUUCGACUUCAGACUCUGCUGGCUGAAAAGGAAAAUAUAAUUGAACAACUUGAACGCCACCACGAGCAAGCCAGACGACAACGCGAUCUCGAGGACCGCAUGAUGUUGACAGCUUGGUACCACCUUGGAAUGCGUGUUAAUCGUGCUCAUACUGAGCGUCUUCUGCAUGAAGAAACUGGUGAUAAGUUUGUCAAUGACUCCUUUUUGUCACAACAACGAAGGAUUCAUCUCAACUCACCUUUUCGCGGUGCGCCUAGAUCCAAUCUCUGA